AUGGCUUCUUCAGAGAAAUUAUCCUUCAUUGAUCAAUCUGAAUCCAUGAUCAUAUUGGCUAUUAAACCAAAUGAAAAUCUCAUAAUCAACUCCGAUGCUUCUCGCUACAAUUCCCCAAUCAAGCCCAUGAUUGAAUGUCUCAAAUUCUCACCACUGAUGAAGGCGUUAACAAUGGCUGAAGUAGUUCCACUAAUUCAUCUCUGCAAGUCCUUCUCCAUGGUCAUCCACGCCAAAACUAGAGAAAUUGUUAAUUUUGAGGUUGCAAACAACAAGACCUCCAUCAACAAAGCUAAUUUUCACAAGUUGUUGGUGCUUGUAUCUUCGAAUGAUGGUAUUGAGCCGGAAUCAAUUCCAACAAUAGGCUUGAUAGAGAUGUUCUACCAUAUGGGGUACACCAUCAAUACUUCUUUAUUGUUCAAGUUUAGGAAAUCCUUUUUGCCCGCUAUCUAA